UUUGGUCAUUGGAACAACAUCGAAUUAUUUGACUUUGUCAAGAGCUUUAUGCCGAAUAUAGUUGUCAUUUACUCUCCCACACAAAUGAUUGAUUGGUUGUCAAAGGAUGGUUGAUUUUGCUACUCACAAGUUACACGCAUCGGUCGCAAAAGAGAAAAGCGACAAUCUUUGUGGAUUGUCAAGCAAGACCAUUGGGAUGAAGUCUUGAAAAUCACCUUGAACACGAAAUCGUUUUUGGACGCAUCAAUGGAAUCACAUGGUUGGAUCAAUGUCGGUUAUGCACAAAAAUCACGCACAAAUGAACCUGUGAAAAACAAGAUCAAGCCAAUACAAAAGAUGACAGAUUUCCUCCUUAUCAAAUGUCACUGUGCGAAAGUCUUCUUAUCCCCCCCCCCAUGUGCUCCUCUGGAUCGAAAUUAUGCCAACAUGAUACAAAGCUGUCAGGACUGGAUUGUAAUUGACACUCAGUCACAGUAUUAUCCAAUCAUAAGAUAUUGCCUUAUUAAGAAUGUUAAUAAGCAAUGACAAAGAAGUAGUUGGUAACAAAUCACUUAGUAAUAACUACUUAGCAAAUAUCGUCUCUUAGUCAUUCACCAAUUAUAUCAUAUAUCCCAAAACAUAUAAAUAUCUCAAAUAUUCCAACAAAUAAACAUUAUCUUUAUCUUC